CUCAAGAAUGGAGUGCUACUCCAUGCAUAUCAGGCAGUCGAUUCUUCGAUGUAGAACCCGCCCAUGGUGCUUCAGGCACGUCCGGGUUACGACCAAGCUUUCUUUACCCCCCUGGCCAACUUUAUCAACGACAAGACAAUAUGCCUUCACUCCUCCUUCCCACCGCGAGACCGCCCACGACGAUACCCUGGCCAGCUUAGAAGAUUCAACGCGUUCGCAGGCGCAUCCGUUAUCGGGCUACUACUACGAUAUUCUCUCAUCCAAAUCACCCUACAGAUCUCAUGCGCCGACUUCCCGCCCAGCCGCCGAGAAACCAACCCCAGCAACAAACGUCAAGCCACAAUCACCAGAAGAGAAGAUGUCCAUCGUGUUCGGGUCGCGACUUGCUGGACCAGGCCGUGCUUCGCGUUAUAACCCCGGAAGUAUGCCGCCCGAGUCUCAAUGGAAGACGAUAAACGGGGUGGCCAUUCCGCCCCGGCCCGAGGAACCGGACAAUUGCUGCAUGAGCGGUUGUGUCCAUUGCGUGUGGGAUGAUUACCGCGAUGAAAUGGAGGAAUGGGCCAGUCGUGUGGAAAGCGCCAAGGCGAAGGGCACUACCCAGAAGGCCACGGCGGAUAUGCGACAGACGCCCAGGGCAGAGGUUGAUAGUGCGAGUCGUAGCAUGGAUGACGACGGCGGAGGUAGCGAAACUAACUGGCCAGUAUCUCACGAGGCAGAUGAUCUCUUUGCCAAUAUACCAGUUGGUAUUCGCGAAUUCAUGAAGACGGAGAAGAAACUAAAAGAAAAGCAACAACAAGAGAAAAAGAAAGCGCGGAUCUGAGCUUCUCCGAGUUUGGAUUUUGUCUUGCGGGAAGUGAUUGAUGUAACGAAGGGUAUAUAGUCUACGUUCCCUCAGUGUUGUACAUAGUAUUUUGAACCUGAUAUAGACUAGAUUCUCUAGAGAUGUACAUAGAUUCAUUUUGCGGAUUGAUGCGCUGAGAUUCGAAAACAAACUUGCUGCCGCCAGUACCACAGUGGUC